AUGGGAAAAAUAAAAAUUAAAAAUAAUGGACAACAAUUGACCGCUUCGGUUUCCAAAGCUGCAACUAAAGGAAAAAUUGUGAAGGUUAAAGAGAAACUAAAAAAACGAUUUAAAAUUAAUUUUCAAGCAGAUGCAAUCAAAGAAUGUAAUCUUAAACCCGAUUUAUUAAAAGAUGAAGUAAAGAAGAAAAGUAAUACAUAUAAAUCUCUUAAAUUAAGUAAACAAAUCGACAACAAACCGAUAAAAAAGAAAGACAAAUUAACACUGAAGAAAUCUUUAUUAAUGAAAAAAGUAGAUGCGGCUAAACAGCUGAAGAAGGAAGAAAAGAUUAAAGAAAAGCGAAAGAAAAUAUCCAUUAUAGGAGACACAAACCCUUUACACGAUGCAUUGCCUUCUCUGGAGUCUCUAAUGGAGAAUAAGAAAAAAGUAAAAUUUGAAGAUUCUGAAAAAACUAAGAAGAAAAAAGCCAUUGAGAAAGCAAGUCAGCGGAAGAAGAAGAAUUUUAAUAACAUCGACUUCUUUAAAAGGGCUAUAAAUGACAAAUCAUUUAAAAAAAAUCCAUUUGAAAUCAUCUCUAAUCACAUUCAGGCUGUUGUAAACAAGGAAAGAGAUAAUGCUAGUAGUUAA